AUGUCUCCAGGACUUCCCAACCCGAAUCUGGCUGCUACUACUGAGAGUUCAUUCGAUCUUGACGAUAUUAGCGACUGGGAUACUGACCAACUCUCGCCCUCCUUCUCACUCUUCUUCUCACCCUCGGCACGACUCCAAAUUCACCGAUCCACCUCUUUGCAGACGGAGGGUAUGAGUAGUGCGACGAUUUCCACCCCAAAGGCAAUGCCACCGCUUCACAGUGUUAUAGCACAGCAUGGUGCUAUAUCAGCCAUUAUCGUCGAAGUUGGCCCAGACCGCAGAAAAUACCACGUCCAGAAGGCAUUUUUGACUCACUACUCGGAAUACUUCUCUAAGGCGCUAAAUGGAGCUUGGAAAGAAGCGAAAGACAAGAUCAUACGUCUGAUCGACAUCGAGCCUGCCAUCUUCGGUCUGUUGAUUGAGUGGCUGUACACUCAAAACCUGCUCAAUCUCAUCACCCUCAACGCGAACAAAAUCGAUCUAUCUAGUUGA